AUGAAGAACUUCACCCCCGCUCUGGCUUUCGCCAGCAUUAUUUCUUUGGUCAACGCCCAUGGCUUCGUCACUAGCCCGGCAGCCCGGCAGCCUGGUACCGCAAUGGGAGCCGCCUGUGGCAAGCAAGUCCUGUCCAACCAAGAAUCCGACAAGUACGGAAACAUUCAAGGCGAGCUGCAAGUUGCCGCCACCCAGAGCGACUACAACGCCGCCGAGUGUGAUAUCUGGCUUUGCAAAGGUUACAAGUUUGCCGACAACAAGGACAACGUCCAGUCCUACACGGCUGGAGAGAAGGUUGACUUCACGGUCGACAUCCGCGCCCCCCACACCGGUGUCGCCAACGUCUCCGUCGUCACCACUUCUUCCAACAAGGUCAUUGGCGCCCCUCUGAUCUCCUGGGACGUCUAUGCGUCCACCGCCACCGGUGUCACGGCCAACGAGACCAGCUUCAGUGUCACCAUCCCCGACGAUCUCGGCAGCCAGUGUGCCACCGCCGGUGACUGUGUGUUGCAGUGGUACUGGUACGCAGAGUCCAUCGACCAGACCUACGAGUCGUGUGUCGAUUUCACUAUCGGUGGAUCUGGCUCAGCUUCGGCUGCGUCGUCGGCCACCUCAUCAGCCGCCUCGUCGACCUCCAGCGCUACGGAGAUCGCUGUUACUACCACUCCAACUGCCGCUGUUCAAACCCCCACCACAGCUGCUGCCGAGUCUACCACUUCCUCCACCACUGUGGCUCCUGAGCCUUCUACUUCCUCCACCACAGUUGCUGCUCAGCCUACCACUUUCGCCACCACUGCCCGUCCUUCGACUACCUCUGCCGAGGCGCAAGUCCCUACUGCCAGCGCUGCGUCCUCCACUAGCGCAUCGGCCCUGCCUUUCCCCACUGACAGUGCUUCACAUGUCCUGUCUUGGCUUGAGGCCUUGGUUGGCAACUUGGUGGGUAACUAA